AUGUCUGGAGUGCUUGAUAGUAACAGUUCCUUGCUGCGUAAGUCGGCCAGCGGGGCCGAAGCCAGAGAGACGGCGCUGCAGCUGGACCAAUCAGCGCGCGGCGGCAAGGACGAACUUGCCAGAGUUUGUUGCUCUCCAUCACCCAACCACCUCCUCUCUCCUCUAUAUAAGCCGGCACGCGCCCUGGCGCCAGCGAUGUCAUUCUCACCACGCGAGACGGUGGCGAGCCCGGGCGGGUGCGGCAAGGAGUCGUGCCCCUUCUGCGAGAUGUCGAGGCAGCACGCGGCCGGGUGCGCGCGGCGGCUGCCCAAGCGGAUCAUCCUGGUGCGGCACGGCGAGAGCCAGGGGAACCUCGACAUGUCGGCCUACUCCACCACCCCGGACUACCGCAUCCCGCUGACGCCGCGCGGGGUCGAGCAGGCGCGCGCCGCCGGCCGGGGCAUCCUCGACGUCGUCUCCUCGGGGGGCCCCGACGCCAACUGGAAGGUCUACUUCUACGUCUCCCCCUACGAGCGCACCCGGGCCACCCUGCGCGGGAUCGGCGCCGCCUUCCCGCGCGACCGCGUCAUCGGCGCCCGCGAGGAGUGCCGCGUCCGCGAGCAGGACUUCGGCAACUUCCAGGUAGAGGAGCGGAUGCGCGCCAUCAAGGAGACCCGCGAGCGCUUCGGCCGCUUCUUCUUCCGCUUCCCCGAGGGCGAGUCCGCCGCCGACGUCUUCGACCGCGUCGCCAGGUUUCCUGGAGUCGCUGUGGAGGGACAUCGACAACGGGAGGCUGGAUCCCAGCACCACCUGCGAGACCAACCUGGUGAUCGUCUCGCACGGCCUCACCUCGCGCGUCUUCAUGAUGAAGUGGUUCAAGUGGACCGUGGAGCAGUUCGAGCGCCUCAACAACUUCGAGAACUGCGAGUUCAGGGUGAUGCAGCUCGGGCCCGGCGGCGAGUACAGCCUCCUCAUGCACCACACCAAGGAGGAGCUCGAGGAGUGGGGCCUCUCGCCGGAGAUGAUCACCGACCAGCAGUGGCGCGCCUCCGCCAACCGCCGCAGCUGGUCCGAGGAGUGCUCCUCCUUCAUCGCCACCUUCUUCGACAACUGGAUGGAUCCGCUAGAGGAGGGGGAGGGGGACGCCGACCGCCAGGAAGAAGACGAUGGCAAGAUCAAGUCCCUGGAGUAACCAACCCGCUCCCCUUUCCCUUAGUUGCUUAG